AUUGUUACUAAAACAAUAGGGAACAAAGCAAUCUCAUUUCUUUUUCCACCUGGAUACUUACACUGUUCUUUCCAUUUUCAUGCUGCAAAACCCCUUCCAUCUUCAAUGUCCAUGUCCUUAAAAGAACUCGAUUACAUUUCCUCAUCAGAAGCAGAAAUGGAGAAAAUAACCCACAAGCAAGAUUUGAAUUUGAAAGCCACUGAGUUAAGACUCGGUCUGCCUGGUUCCGAGUCGCCUGAGAGAAACACCAUCAAUGGGGGUGGUACAGCUGCCCUGAAGAUUCUGGUGUCAGGAGCCAAAAGGGUUUUCUCAGACACCAUUAAAACUUCUUCUGGAACAUGGGGUUUCUCUGAUAAUGGUGGAUCUGAGGUUGAUUUUGUUAGAAAUAGUGCCUUUUUUUCAUCUUCUUCGUCUUCUCCAAGAGGUGAAAAUAAGAACCCUAGUUCUGUAAAAGACGCUGUUGUUUCAUCGUCAUCUAAGAACUAUUUACAUGACAAACACUCUCAAAUUUCUGCAUCAAAUGGUCAAGAUUCAGUUGCUGCUUCAAAGGGACAGGUGGUUGGAUGGCCUCCAAUUCGAUCUUUUCGAAAGAAUUGUAUGGUUGUGAAGAACACGAAAAAUGAGGAAGACACAGGAUCACAAUGUGUUUAUGUCAAAGUUAGUAUGGAUGGAGCUCCAUAUUUGAGAAAAGUGGAUCUCAAAAUCUACAAAAGCUACUUGGAUCUUUCAUCGGCUUUAGAAAAAAUGUUUUGUAGCUUCACUCUUGGGUUGCGUGAAAGCCCAAUGGAUCUUCUUAAUGGGCCUGAAUAUGUACUAACGUAUGAAGACAAAGAUGGUGAUUUGAUGCUUGUUGGUGAUGUUCCCUGGGAUAUGUUUACUGGUUCUUGCAAGAGGAUGCGGAUCAUGAAGAGUUCAGAUGCAACCGGUUUAGCCCCUCGAGCCAUGGAGAAGGGUAAAGUUCGUAAUUAGUUGUGUAUGUGGUAUCAUGCAGGAGUAGUAAAACAGAUUAACCGAUGGUUUGUAUAGUUAUAUUUUCUUGUGAAGUGAUCUUGUUCAUUUUGUGGGUCCCAUCUUUAGGCUUACGUACUGCAUACAUAUAUAUAAUAUAAUUUAAAGAUGAAUUUAUAUGCUA